AACUUACCCACAGCUUCGAUUCUGAAACAGGAACCUUAACCAUAUCCUAUGAAGUUAUGAACCAGUAACUUCGAUGAGAUCUCCUCUCCAAAAAUCUCUAUCCCAUCUGUAAUUAACCCAUCCUUUCCCCCUACUUAACUUCCUCAACCUCCACCGUUCACCCCAAAACUAGCCCACCUCCAUGCCGCUGCCUCCCGUUUACCAACCCCAUGGUGAUCCCUCACCGCCUCCACCAUCACAUCCACCGCCAAAGCCCAACACCAAAAUCCUCUCUCUCAUUCUCAAAUCGAUUAUUAUGGUAUUUAUAACCUCUCUCUUUUUCCUCCUCAUGGGUCUCGCCUCUCUCCUCCUCCUCCCCCUCCUUCUCGCUUCGAUCCAUCGCCACCAUCGCAAUCACCCGUCGUCGGAGGGCUUCUGUUCGAAGCGGUUGAAGAAGCUCCCCCAAUUCAAGCUCUCCAAAAAGAUGGAGAACGACUGCGUCGUUUGUCUUGAUGGCUUCAAACAAGGCCAAUGGUGCAGGAAACUCGUUGGGUGCGGUCACGUCUUCCCACAGAAGUGUGUGGAUACCUGGUUGAUCAAAGUGCCGGCUUGUCCCAUUUGCCGAUCGACGGUGCAAUUGGAGGAUGAUAAAGAGGAGUUUUGGACUACUUUUGGUCGGAGAAGGAGAAAUCAUGGCUUCAGGCUAUGUUAGAUAUGUAAGUUUUUUUUUUUUUUUUUUUUAAUUUUUUUUCUUUCAAGGAGUUUGAGAUUUUUGUAGCAUCUAUGUUUCUGUUAAAGAGAUUUGUAAUGAUGAUUGUGUACAGUCUCAAUUUUAUAUAAAAAUCAUCAUCGUUUUAUCCCUGAGAA